AUGGGCGAUGCAGAACUGGUGGAGACCGCGGCUGCUAAUGUUGGUGAGGCAAGCGCUCCUUCGGUGGCUACAGCGGGUGGUUCUACCUCGCUGGUGGCGGAAGGGGGAAGGGAUGCUGUAGAAGAUGAGUACGAGUCCAAAUCCGACUUGGACCCCGACGACGUCUGUACAUGGGAAGAUAAUUUUGAUGAAUAUCGCACCAUAAACAAAGACUUUCACCAACUCAACGGUGACAAAUUUUCAGUACCAUUCAUGACUGGCUGCGGCAAAUUUCUUUAUGGAUCAUAUGAAGAUGAAAAAGAUGGAUUGCCUAGUCUAUUGACAAAAGUGAAUUCUAAUCCAAAAUUCUUUACCCAAAAGUUCAGGCUAUGGAAGGAAAAACUUGAUGCAUUCUACAUUCCAAAGCUCAAAUUCCCAUACACUGCUAUGGAUGAAGUGAUAGAAACAAUGAAGGAAAUGGGAUUGACUCUGCCUUUUGACGAAGAAUUCAGAGAGAUAACUGAGAUUGUGGAAGCUAAAGGGUCAUUCUUUAUCAACAGGAUAUUACAAAAAGCAUUUGUCGAAAUAAAUGAGAAGGGUACUGAAGCAGCAGCUGUUACUUUUGAGUCAUAUGAUGACUUGGGAUUUUCAUUGGAGGAUUUAAGUUUCGUAGCAAAUCACCCUUUCUUAUUCAUGAUAAGGGAAAAGGUUUCAAGAUCGGUGAUAUUCACUGGAGCUGUAUUAAAUCCUUUGAGUGACACUAUAACAUAA